CCCUGCUCUAAAGGCUGAACCCCGGGACCCACGGGUGCCUGUCUGCAGCGUGCGAAGCCCAGAAGCAUUGGGCAAUCGUGGUUUCCUCCCUGCCCUCAGGGACCCAGCCGUGCGAGCCCAGCCCCGAGGUGUCUCAGGACAUGGAGGAGACGGUUGUGCGGCCCUCAGUGUUUGUGGUGGAAGGACAGACAGACAUCCCAUUCACACGGCUGGGGCCCAGCCGCCGCCAAAGACAGCCCUGCAGUGCGUCCCAGCUGGGCCUGGGCCUCCUGCUGCUGCUGCUGGCGGCUGGGCUGGCCGUCCAGGGCUGGUUCCUGCUGCAGCUGCACUGGCGACUGGGGGAGAUGGUCACACCCCUGCUGGAUGGAGAAGCAGAAUCCUGGAAGCAGCUGACGCAAGGACGAAGGUCCCUCCAGGCCAACCCAGCAGCACACCUCACAGGUGCCAACUCCAGCCUGACGGGCAGCGGGGGCCCACUGCUCUGGGAGACAAAGCUGGGCUUGGCCUUCUUGAGGGGCCUCAGCUACCGUGACGGCUCCCUGGUGAUUGCCCGGGCCGGCUACUAUUACAUCUACUCCAAGGUGCAGCUGGGGGGCGUGGGCUGCCCGCAGGGGCUGAGCAGCGGCCUGCCCAUCACGCAUGGCCUCUACAAACGCACACCGCGCUACCCCGAGGAGCUCGAGCUGCUGGUCAGUCGGCGGUCACCCUGUGGGCGAGCCACCGGCCCCCGCGUCUGGUGGGACAGCAGCUUCCUGGGAGGCGUGGUGCACCUGGACGCUGGCGAGGAGGUGGUCGUCCGUGUGCCGGAUGAGCGCCUGGUCCGACUCCGUGACGGGACCCGCUCCUACUUUGGGGCCUUCAUGGUGUAAGGAAGGAGUGACAGUCGUGCCUCCCUCAGAGGGUGCCUUGGGGAACCGAGAACCCAGUGAGCGAAGAGCUCAGCGGGCACCUCCAGGGGCCGACAACCCAGCCACCCCUGAAGGUUGAAGACCCAGCCGGCACCUCUGGAGCCCCAAAGGAAACUGCAGAGCCACUACGGGCAAUACUGAAGACAAAGACCCAGAGACUUGAGGGUCUGUAGGCCCCCCAACCGGGGGAAAGCUGAUCUGCCUGAUAUUCAGGAAGAAGGGGUGAGGGGUGGGUAUUUAUGUUUUCGAUUCAGAGAAGAGUGGGACGUGGGGGUCCAGAGACUUGGCCCAGGACGGGCAACCCCAGCCUCCCCCACUCUCAUGAGUGGGGGUGGCUGGAGGAAGGGAGUCAUCAUCAAGACUGACCCAUGUGGACAGCCCAGCCAGUGCCCCCCACGGCCAUAGCCACACACUCAAGAUCUGCUCACAGGUGUGUGGCUGUACCUCCUCCUGGCUGUGUAAGUUCACCCUCAGAGACACGGGCGCAGGGAUGUGCCGGUGACCGUUUGACCACCAGCUCUCCCAGGAGGGAGAGGCUCUGUAGUGUUUGUGAUUUCCUUGGUGUAAAGGCUCCCGUCGUGUCUGGUUUCUGGCUACCAACGUAUCACCAGCUGGCUGGCUGGAUCUCAGCACUGCUGGGUGUUCACAUCCCACCAGGACACACGGCUGUGUUUCAGCACCCAGGUCAGGGUCUGGCAUGUAGCAGGCACCUGGAAAAUGUUUGCAGAGAGAAGAAAGGGAGGAAGGGAGGAGGGUAGGAAAGAAGGGAGGGAGGGAGGAGGGAAAAGAAGAAGGGAGGAGGGGAAGGAAGAAGGGAAAGAGGGAAGGAAAGGAAGAUGGAGAGAGAAUGUGGACAUGCCUACGGCAUCACAGAAAAUCACAAGGUGCCCUUCAGAUCUGCACUCGUACACACAAAACAUCAGAUACUCGCACAGUCACACACAAGUCAUAGGACCACAAACACACAGUCAGAUUAUGUGACGUAUGACACAUAUAUCCUACACAAGUCAUCAUCACAGCCACAGUGACCCAAAGGGGCCAUACGGUCACACCAAGUGUCACACAUGGGAUGCCACGCACAUCACAUCACAUGCUGCAUCAUGGUCCCAACCCGUCACACACACAC